AUGACUGAAAAAAAUCCUUACGCACAUGAACCAUUCAAUCCACCAAAGCCUCCUCCACAAGUCGAUACGAGAACAUUUACGCCUCCGAGAUCUGUCGAAGUUGUUUCUAUAGACGAGAUUGUGUUGAAUAUUCGCUUCAGAAAUAAUCGUGAUGAGCUUAAAAAAUUGAUUAUUGAACUCAUGGAACCGAAUAAGCAUCUUAAACUGAAUGCCAAUGGUGAACGAGUUUCGACACUUCAUCAAUAUGCACUCGUCUCGACACGUGAACCGAUCGAUAUGAGUAAUCAACGUAUACGAACAACUUAUCGACCGAAUUUAUUCAUUCGAAAAAAUGAUGCGUUUGGACCAUGGAAUUUCAAUUAUUUACUUAAUCUUCUCGAAAUCGAUUAUCAAUGUGAAGGCAAUAAAGAUUUUCCCGAAGUAUGGAAAACGAGUUCGACAACUAAAGUUCGAAUUGAACCACAUGAAAUAAAAACUACAGAUCCAUCAUCUACAGCCUCAGUAGUAGAAGAAGACGAUGUCAGAAUCGAAGAUCUUCUUAAAAAAAUUUGUCUAUUGAACAAACGAGACGAAAAUGAAGCAAAUGAAUGGAAAAAAAGUUUAAACAGUGAAAGCAUUUCCACAGUUGAACAUCUUCGAGAAGCAGUAACAAACGAAUAUUGUUGGGAUAAAAUAACAUCGAUUAAAUCUUUAGUUAAACAAAUGAUACGUGAUUAUGUUCAAUUAAAGGCUGCUUCUCAUACAUUUAAUGCAGAAAACAAUACAUAUGAUAAAUCAACAGCAACUCUACUCGGUGAUAUACAUCGUGUACGACGUUAUUUUCAUCAUGUUAUUGAAACAGACCAAUAUAUACCUUAUCUCGAUCGAGAAGCUGUCGAUACGGCUAUUAGAGAAAUAAGACUUGUCUAUAAUGAUGACGGAAAUGUUCUUAAUAAUAUUCAUGCUUAUUUACGAACAUUUUGUUUACAAACUAAUCAUGCAAGUAAAGAAGCACAAAAUCAAAAAAACGAUGAAUGGACCGAAAAACGAAAUCAAUUAAUAGAACAGAACAAAGGCUAUAAUAUUCAGAUUGAUAGACUCCGAGAAACGGCUACAACAAAGCAGAUAUUAGUCGAUGGAGAAAGAAUGGGUUAUGAAAGAGCAAUUAAAGAAAGAGACAAGGAGAAAGCAACGACAAUCGAAGAACUAUUUAGGAAGGCAGCGGCUAAUAGUACAGAUUUUGCCACAAGCCUCAAAUUACGCGACCAAGCACGUAAGAUGGAAGAAGCUAAUGACAAAAAGGUUGCAGACGCUAAACAUCGCCUUGAAAAAGCUGAAAAAGAUCUUGCGCCGUUCUUAGGGCCAAUAAAAGAACUUGAAGAAAAGAUUGUCGAAAAUAAUCGUCAAAUUCGAGAUCUAGAUGCAUAUCUUAAAAUCGAUUUGGCCGUUGCACAUCAAAUGUUAAAAGUGAAAUUUGGACGCGGUUUAUUACUCUAUGGACCACCAGGAACAGGUAAAUCUGAAAUAUUAAAACGAGCUGCUACCUAUGCAGGCAUCACCAUGACGACAACUGCAUUAGCUGCUGGUGAACUAAAUCGACCGUAUGUCGGUGAAACAGAAAGAUUACUUGUCGAUAUAAUGUAUCGUGCAAAGACUAUACCCUAUCUUAUAUGUACAAUGACAAUAGAUGAAAUCGAUGGUCUAGUUCCGAAACGUGACAAUAAUGCUCAACAAUCGAAAGUUGAUGGUAUAAGUGUACUUCUUUCACAUAUUGAAGGUGUUAAAAAUAUUCCAAAUUUAAUUGUAUUCGGUGCAACAAAUCGACGUAAUAUGAUGGAUGAAGCAUUUUUACGUCGUAUGCAAGCAAAAUGUUUUGUGGGUCGACCAUCGCCACAGAUUCGAAAGAAAAUGCUCGAAGUUUUAUUAGUUAAAGAUACAACACGAAUUACAAGUCAACGAAUAGAUUUUCUUGUUAAAGUAACAACGAAUUUUAGUGGUGCAGCUGUUGGUGCACUUAAAUCGAGUAUUAUUGUUGCAAUAGAACAAUGUCAAGAGUCAUCUGUUUUAACAGAUAAUACACUAUUAGAUUUAGCUGAUAAUGCGGCACGUGAAUUUAGCUGUUGGUUCGGCAUAAGUACAUUACCAGAAAUUUGUCGACUCUAUCCAAAUGUUAUUUCAUCAACUGAACAACAAGAACAAUAUUCACUUAAAUUUCUAAAUCAUUCACCAUCAGGUCGUAUUCUUGUCGAUUUACAAGAACGAAAAUGUUUAAUUGAAUUAACAAAUGACACGACACUUGAAAAAACUCUUUUCGAUGAAGAAACAUCAACAUUAACUUUAUUAUCACGUUUUAUUAAUGGUUGUUCAAGUCGAAAUAUUGAUACAAUACAGAUUAUCGAUCUUAAUUUUCUAACAAAAAAUAAUGCAUUCGAUGAAAAACAAAUAUUCGAAUUAUUAACAACAACAUUUCUCGGUAAUAUUUUAGCAACUAAUUUUACAUUUACAGAUAUUGUUUUUUUAAACAAACGUAUUCGAGCCGCUUUGAAAAACAGGGAAUUAAAAUUUAAGGACGAGAAAUAG